GCACUGGGAUGAAGCUGGUUGCUGCAGAAUCUUGAGGCACUCAGAAGCAUUGCUCAUUAAGGGAAAGCAGGCUGAGCUUAACAUGACUUACGACAGCAAGUGAGCAUAAGCUUUAAAGAGGAGAGAUGUGAAGAACACUCUUUCAUUUCCAACAGGAUCAGAACUCAGGAGAACAGGGUCGGACACCCUUCCACUUCUUUUGCCCAGUUUUGGUUAUAUUAGUUGUCUCCCUUUUUUGGCUGUGAUAUCUCUUUUUUUUUUUCAUUUUUUUUUUUUUUGGAGGUUUAGAUUAUCAUGCACCCAAUUCUGUGCUCAAACAUGUUCCUGUUGCUGCUUGUAAACAUCGUAUGGGGGCACAGCUAUUCAGACACACGUGUCGUUAGUGGACGGAAACUUUGCUAUGCCGAUUACAAGCAUCCAUGCUACAAGAUUGCUUAUUUCCAAGACUUAACAGCACGGGUAGGGUAUCAGCAAGCAUAUCAGGUCUGUGAUGGGGAAGGCGGACAUCUUUUAAGCAUUGAAAGUGAAGCUGAGCAAAAACUAAUUGAAAGAAUGCUGCAAAAUCUCACAAAUUCAGGCUCUGGGAAAUCUGAUGGAGAUUUUUGGAUCGGGCUCUCAAGAAACUUAGAAUCAAUGGCGUCAUCAGGAGCUUGUCCAGAUCUCUACAAGUGGGAUGACGGGAGCACCUCCCAGUUCAAGAACUGGUAUGCUGAUGAACCAUCGUGUGGUAGUGAAGCAUGUGUAGUUAUGUACCAUCAGCCGACUGCUAAUCCGGGAAUAGGCGGACCAUACCUGUAUCAGUGGAAUGAUGACAGAUGUAACAUGAAGCACAAUUUUAUAUGUAAAUACCCUCCAGAAAAUACCAUAGAGAAAGACUUAGGAGACAGAGCAGAGCCAGAUUAUGACCCACUGUCUCCUGUGACAACUGACACACCAUUUGCAACAGAGCGGCCAGAGGACUCGUCUCGUGUAGUCCUGGCAGAAACAGGAAUAAUGCCAAAUUUAAUCUAUGUUAUUAUACCUACCAUCCCAUUGCUGCUGCUGAUACUGGUGGCUUUCGGAACCUGCUGUUUCCAAAUGUUGCAUAAAAGCAAAGAACGUUCAAAGACCAGCCCUACUCAGUCUACAUUGUGGAUUUCAAAAGCCCCAAGAAGCGAUAUAACUAUGGAGGUUUAGCAAAACAAUGACUUCACUUAUCACCAAAAUGCAAGAAAAAUAUAUCAGACUUAUUAUUUUUUUUCCCCGGAUCACUAAACUUUAAAGCUUCAGCUUGGAAUGACUCUUUCAUGGCAUCAGCAUUCAGUUCAGCAACAAGAACUAAUGGCUCCCCCUUGAGGCACAUUUUAAGAACAAUUUUGUAAUACUCAUGUCUGAUUCAUAAGUAAACUGGAAUCCGUGUCUUGCUACAUUAUGAAAAAUAAUAAAAUAAAAAAUAUAUGCUUUUUUUUGCUGGUUGAAACUCUUCAAUUACCAUGCAAUUGAGGAAAUGGACAAUUUCUCUUCCAAUUUAAAUGGAGAAAUGUUAGGUAUGUUUGACAUUGUUUGCAAUAAGAAUGAUCGAUUUGACUAUAAAUGUUCUGACUCCUCCUGUAUUGUACUUUUUUUGAUGUACAUUAAAGUGUAUUGCU